CGCCUGGUCUGCAGCUCGCUGCGGCCAGAAGCGGUCCGCUUCAGGUCCAGUUCACACGAACCAGAAUCUUCUCUGCUUGUCCAUCUGCGGUCAUGUCCAACUCAGACCGGGUCGUGUUGGUUCUGGGAGGAGCGGGGACGGUGGGCUCUGGCAUAGUCAAAGCCCUGCUGGAUAAAGGGUUCAAGGCGGCGGUGAUCUCCAGAGACGGCGGGCGACUGGAGAGACUCCGUGCCUUCGUCUCUCCCAGCAGCAAGGACAACCUCAUCGCUGUAGUGGGGAAUGUGGGCUCAGAGGACGGAGCGCAGCAGGCGAAGCAGCAGCUGCUGCAGCAGGUCGGGAAAGUGACGGACGUGGUUUCUGCCCUGGGCUUCAGCUGGUGGCAGGGCGGCCCACCACACACCCAGACCCUCCAGGACCUGCACUGGGUUUUGGACGCGCUGCUGUUCAGCACCUUUGUCUCCUGGAAGACGUUCUUUCCCCUGGUGAGGGACGAUCCGUCCUGCAGCUACACCUUCAUCACAGGGGGAGCCGGAGAGCAGCUGCUGAUGGCGGGGACCGGCUUCCUGACGGUCGGCGCCGCUAGCGCGCUGGCCUUCUGCCAAGUUCUGCGAGACGAAUACCCGCAGGUAGACUGCAGGCUGUGCCAGGUGAAGAUCAACACAGGUGUGGCGACUCCAGAGCGCCUGGCGCCUGGCUACCUCAGCCAUCUGGACCUGGGCGUUGCAGUGGCAACCUUGGUGGAGCGAGGAAGCUCCUCCCACCGCGUGUUCACCGUCGGCAGCCCUGCGGACCUGAAGACCCAGCUGCUGGAAGGGAACUUGUAGAACCCCACAGAACCGGUUCUGGUUCUGUCCAGAUUAAGGCUAAAAGAAUUCCUGUAAAAUUUUCUGUCCAAAACAUUAAACAUGUUGAAAAUAAAACCUGAGGAAUUCUGGGA